AUGAAAGUAUUAUGCGUGGCCGAAAAACCGUCAAUUGCAAAAGAAGUGGCAUCAAUUUUAGGAGGCGGUAGGGUCGAAGUGAGAAAUUCGAAAAAUAAAUAUAUCAAAAACUAUGAUUUCAAAUUUUUAUUCCCGCAAUCGGGCCAAUGUGAUGUGACAAUGACCUCGGUCGUUGGUCAUAUCACAAACCUUGACUUUCCACCUGAGUACCUGUGGGGUAAAUGUGCCGCUAGUCGGCUCUUUACUGCUGAGAUUGUCACAAAAAUUACUAAGCAAGACGUGUUUGAUAACAUUUCAAAAGAAGCAAGAAACUCUGACCAAUUAAUGAUUUGGACAGAUUGUGAUAGAGAGGGUGAAUUUAUUGGUAAGGAGAUAUUUGAUGCAGCUAGGAAAGGUAACCCACGACUAACGUUGCGCAAUGUUUGGAGAGCACGAUUCUCGCAUCUUGAUAAAAGCCAUGUACUUCGAGCGGCAAGAUCUCCUUCAGAAUUGGAUAUGAAAUCGGCUGCAGCUGUUGCAUGCAGAAUGGAAGUGGAUUUUCGAGUUGGCUUGAGCUUUACACGAUUGUUAACGGACUCUUUAAAGGCAAGUAGGACAAUCGAUACAAAAGAUGUCGUCUCUUAUGGAACAUGUCAAUUCCCCACAUUAGGUUUCGUCGUUGACAGGUAUAAAAGAGUACAAAGUUUCAAGCCUGAACCGUUUUGGUUUAUAGAGCCAACGGUUUGGAAAGAGAAAAAAAAGACAACUUUUAAUUGGUGUCGAGGACACGUCUUUGAUCGUUUCUAUGUAGCUUUACAAUACGAAUCGUGUUUACAACAUGAAUUUGGUACAAUCACUAAAUUGGAAACAAAGAGAACUACAAAUUGGCGCCCGCUCCCAUUGACCACGGUGGAGUUGCAGAAGGAUUGCUCUCGAUAUUUUAAGAUGUCAGCAAAGGCGGCACUUGAAGCUGCCGAAAGUUUAUAUAAUAGAGGUUUCCUUUCAUAUCCAAGAACAGAGACUGAUAAGUACCCAUCAUCAAUGGACUUUAGUGGUAUCUUGGAAAAACAAAAACAGGACAGUAGAUGGGGUCAAUACACUCUGGAAUUACUUCAACGCGGUUUAGAAGCGCCAAGGAAUGGUUCACAUGAUGAUCAUGCGCAUCCGGCAAUACAUCCAGUUAAUUAUGUUUCUCUUGAUACCUUGACCAAUGCCAAUGAAAAAAAAGUUUAUGAGUAUGUUGUUCGUCGUUUCUUAGCAUGCUGCAGUAAAGAUGCGGUAGGUAGCAUGACGCUGGCGACUUUAAAAUGGGGUGAUGAGUUCUUCACUACAAGUGGUUUAAUGGUACUUGAAAGGAACUAUUUAGACAUCUUUAUCUACAAGAAAUGGGAAAGCUCAAAGCAGUUGCCCACCUUCCAAGAAGGAGAACAAGUGAAAAUAUCGAAUGGAGUUAUGAAAGAGGGCAAGACUAGUCCUCCGUCACUAAUGACUGAGCCAGAACUCAUUGCGCUUAUGGAUGUUAAUGGAAUCGGCACUGAUGCGACGAUUGCAGAACACAUUGACAAGAUAUUGUCGCGAAAAUAUGUCAUAAAGCAGAAAAAGGGCAAAACAGACUUUAUCAUUCCUUCGGGUCUUGGAAUUGGGCUCAUUGAAGGCUUUGACAAGAUGGAAUUUAAUGGUAUUUCACUUUCGAAGCCAUUUUUGAGAAAGUCAUUGGAAAGUUCAUUACAGGAGAUAUGCGGAGGACUGAAGACGAAAGUAGAAGUUGUAGAAGACAUGAAGAGUUUGUAUCUUGAUGCAUUCAACACUUGUAGCCAAAGGAUCUCCAUCUUGACCAGUCAUUGUCGAGCAAACUUGAAUCAAAAUGUAAGUGUUCGGUGA